GAACCCCUCCCUCAUCAGCCUUACUGCACUGAAACACACACUCCACCUCUCCCUUCCUGCGGCCCCUCCCCUCUUCUUCUGCCUGCCCUUUGCUGCCCCUCUGUCGUCGCCCCUCUGCAGCUGGAGUUUAAUCACAGCAGUGAACCACCAUCACUCAGGAUGGACACCAGACCCCCCAACCUGCCGCCGCUGCUGCUCCUCACCAUUAUCCUCCUCUUCUCACAGUGUGCAAGAGGACAGUCAUCAUACAUUAUAGAUGCCGUGGGCCUCAAAAUCCUACCUGCCAGCACUGUCCAGAGUGGCACACUAGUGACUAUGCAGUGCCGGGUCAUCGUCAGUCAUGACAACACCGCACGCCUGACGCAUAAGUUCCAGAUUGUCCGUGACGACGUUCCCAUCCGCUCCUUCACCACCACAGAAGACACAGUCGUGCAUGAACUCAAGCCGGCCAGGGCGGCCGACUCUGGCAGUUACGAAUGUCGGGUCACAGUCAAAGACAAGAGCAAAACCAGCUUCAGCCAAAAACUGGACGUCACAGGCCUGCAGGAUCCUGUUCUGUAUCUGAACAGGACCACGUUGUAUGAGGGUGACGACUUCAUAGCGACCUGCAGCGCUCCGGAAGAGAAAGGAUCCCUGAUUUUCCGUUUUUUCCGUAGGUUUAGAAAUGAAGAGUCUCAGAGGAUGAAGCAGGUAGCACCCACUGGGAACUCAUCAGAGACCACGCUGGUUCUCAGACAGGCUGGAGACUACUUCCUGUACUGCGACUAUGAGAUUAAUUUGGUUUCCGGGACCAGGCGCUCUAACCACAGCAAUGAGGUGCAAGUGAUAGUCAGAGAACUCCACAUUUCCCCUGUCAUGAAUGUGCUGCCAUCUUCUCGUGUCUUCGAGGGCGAUGUAAUAGAGGUGGUCUGUAAAGUGGUGACGUCACUGAAAAACAUCCAAGUAUUCCUGACAAAAGACAAGAGAAUCCUCAAGCAAGCACCAGUCAGCCUCAGUCAUCGGUUCACAGCGCAGGAAGGCGACUCUGGGGAGCUUGUGUGUAAGGCAGAGUGGGGCAACGUGCAGAAAGAAACCUAUAAAACACUCACUGUCAAAGAGCUGUUUUCAAAGCCCUGGCUGACUGUGGAUCCUGGGGACAUAUUCGUGGGAGACCGCUUCAAACUGACCUGCUCUGUGUCUGUUUACGUCCCUGAGAGGAUCAACAACCAAACACUGCAGUUCGCCAUCUACAAAAAUAACAUGAAGAUGACCAGUUCAGAGACGUACAUUACCCAGGCACAUCCUAGCACAAAUGGCAACUACACCUGCAAAACCAUGGCUUCUUCGGUUUCACACAGUUUUGUAAAAGAAAGUCCAACGCUGGUUGUAAAAGCCAAAGUUCCUGUCUCAAAACCUGUAAUGAGCGUGGUGGGUGGGACGCUCAUACUGGGAAGGCAUUUCCAGCUCAUCUGUCAAAGCGACCAAGGCACCCUCCCCAUCACAUACCUCCUGUACGGGCCACGGGGGCUAGUUGGGCACAGGGUGGUGGGCAAGCCAGGAGACCAAGCCGUCUUUAACUGCUCAUCCAUCUUUAAGAGCUCAGACUUAAGCAAGUUCAUGUGCCAAGCAAAAAACAGUCAACACAGGCCUCCCAUGGUUGGCUCAGGAAUGGAGGCACAGCUGCUCCGUUCAACCAAGAUCAUAGAGCCUGUGUCAAAACCAAUGCUUACUAUAGAGCCCAGCAUGGGGGACGUGUCCGAGGGCCAGGACCUGACUCUGUCCUGUUCGGUUCAAAGUGGCACUCCUCCUUUCAACUUCACCUGGUAUCGCGCUGAGUCGGAGGGAGCACUAGCGACACAGACCUCCAAAAUGCAGAAGGGAUACUACCACGUACGCAGUGUGAAGGGAGAGCACAAAGGGGGGUACUACUGCGUGAGCACCAAUCCCGCCAAUGAAAGCAAACAGAGUCAGACUAUCAUGAUCACAGUGAAGAUGGCUGGCUGGAAGAAAGGUCUCAUCGCGUUCUUCUGCAUCCUGCUCAUACUGGUCUUGAUCCUUGUUGUCGUCUUCAAAACAUGUCUCCGUCAGUUUAAAAGGAAACGAACAGGCGAGCUGUCAGUGAAGUCAGCCAGCACCAAAGUGGAGCGCUUGAGUCUCACUCAGGCAGAGGUCAUUGAGGCUGCAAAUGUCACGCCAGGCAUGAUGGGAAAAAGUGUGUGGAGUGAACAUGUGUCCGGCUCGGAGUCUGAUGACCAGAAAAGUGAGACUGCCACAACAGAACCUCACUACACAGGUGAAGACCAACACAGACAAAUCCAAACAGAGGUGAACCUGCCUCUAGCACCAGUGAAUACAGAAACAGACGCAGUGAACAGCGAAGUGAGGAACUCCAAACACGGAAACAGGAUCAGCUCCAACUGUAAACAUCUGUGUUGUUGGUGAAAGAAUGUCCCAUGAAAACAGAGGGUCCAUUCGCCAGGUGUCCAUUUCCUGCUUUCAUCAAAGAGAACUUCCUGUCCCAACAAUCAGAGUUAAGCAGCGGGUACAUCCGCUAUGACUAAGCGAAGAACAUGCCCCCAUUGUUUAAUAGUCCUGAGGGAAAUGCUUGUCCAUUGUUCUGUCAUUGGUUCCUAACAACAACAGUUUACAUCAUGUUUGUGUCACACAGUGAUACAGCAGAAGAGGAGGAGAACGUAAUAUCCACUUUGGUUUUUGCUCAAUCACUCAAGGACUUUUCAUUAUAUACAUGUAUGUUAGUGAUGUGACUGUUUGCGAUGUGAUUAGUUUCCAGUAGGAUGUACACGAUGGGCCGAAUGCCUCCGUCACUGUUCCCGUUUAAUUAAUGAAUCAUUGCAAGUUUCCCUUGAUUCCUCCUUCAUCCCUUUCAUUUCCUGAGUUUGUUCUCUGGCUUUGUUUUUACAGGUGAUCCAGAGCAGACUGUAAGUAGCAGCACACAUGCUUAAUAACCAUACCGAUAGUAACGCAUUCCAGAACCCCAGAACCUGACCUCAGCCAUUAAAACUAAAUGCCAGACAUCAGCUGUAUAAACUAACCGCGCACACAGAUCUGUUGUGUCUUGGCUCAGAACGACCUCUCUUGGAAAUGAACAGCAAUAACCAACAAUAUGCGGAAACCCCUGUGACGUCACCUCAAGUAUUAGAUUCCUCAGUACAUUAGAACACUGCAAUGUCUGAUUUGGCUGCUUCAUGGAUUUGUGUUUGUUCAAAAAUGGGAAUCAUAUCAUGUUCAUCUAAAAAAUUCUAAAUAAAAUAAAUAAAUUCAGGCAUAUUUAACAGAAUGCCAACAUCAAAAACUUAGUUCCAUUGAAAUGAAAUAAUAAUAGUAACUUUAUAUAACACUGUAUACAUCACAGUGUUACAUACUGCUUAACAAGACGUCGGAAAAAGCAAAAAGGAACUCGUUAAAACCAUUCAAACAGUUGGUAAUAAUGCAUAGAAAAGAAAUGGAAAAAAAACCAGCAGGAAUACAUAAAAAAUGACAUGAUAAAUAUGUGCAAAGUAAAUAUUCCCUAAAGCUUUGAUUUAUCACACUGAUAGAUGGAGGCAGCAAUGCCAUGUAAGAAUAAUCUUGUUGCAGGUAUAAAUAAGAGUUUCAUAUUUCAUGUUUUUAUCUCUUUUCAGCAGACCGUAGAAUAUGCAGAGCUGAAUCAUGAUACAGAUCACCAAGGUGACCACGGAGAACAUGGAGAACAGGGCGGAGACUCUGUCCAGCACGACCACCUGGAUGAGACAGGCGACAACAACACUGCUGACCACGGAGAAUAAAAACAUGACAAAA